UUCAGAAGAGAAGGGAUUUAAUCGGCCGCCGCUUUUAGGCAGCUGAAUUCCGUCCCAGCUGCUCAGUUGCCCGGCGGCCGGAGGAGGAGGAGGAGGAAGGCACGGGAGAGCAACGACCCGCCAUCGCGGCUCCCUGGUCAGUUCCGGGCAGUGCUCUCGAGUCUCGCGCCGCAGAGCCGCCGGAGGCAUGGAUGUAGCGGUGGACCUGUACGUUGCAGUCCCGCUGCUUUUCACGGUCCUGGCUGUUAUUCUAGCGUCGGUCUUUGUCAAGCUGAGAUCCUCGGAAGAGGACAAAGCUACGGAGACGGCAGCAGCUAAGGAAGAAGGGGAGGCCAAGGCGAGCGCUGCUGCGGUAGACCGGACGGACGGAGAAGCGCUCCAGAAGGGCGAGGGGCAACCUGAGGCGGCCGAAGAGGAGCCUCGGAAGGAGAAAAAGGAGGAGGAGGAGGAGGAGGUAGUAAGCAGAGAAGCGAAAAGGGGCGCCGUGGAGGAGAUAGGGGCUGAAGAGGGGGCGAACGAAGAAAAGAAAGAACAGCUUCGGGAGAAGGGAAAAGGGGAGGAGGUCGAGGACGAGGCUGCUCCGCGGGCGGUCAAAGCAGAACAGCAGAGUCACGUUCAGGAGGAGCGGAAGGUGCCCAGCCAGGCGGAGAGGGAGGUGGUCGCCGCUGCUCCGGUGGCUGUAGAAGAGCAGGAGGAGGACGAGGAGGAGGAAGAGGACGACGAGGAGGAGAGCAAGGAGGAAGACCAAGAAUCAGAAAAUGAGAAACUAGUGGUGAAGGAACCUGAGACUGAAGAUGCAGAUGAAAAGUUCUCCUUUAAAUAUAGUCCUGGAAAACUGAGAGGAAACCAGUAUAAAACAAUGAUGACCAAAGAAGAACUUGAAGAGGAGCAAAGGAUUGAGCUGACCUCUGACCUCACAUCCCUGUAGCAAGUACCUUAGGUCCUCGGCCACAAACAUUCUUGCAAAUCUUUUUGAACUGAAGACUAUAUGAAGUUAUCCCUAGACUCUUCCUAAGGCUUUUCCUUUGGCAUUUUUAAAGGCUUGAGAAAAAAAAAAAAAGGCAAAACCCCAAACACAACCGAAAAAUUAUCCCUCAAAAUAUAAGACUUUUUGUUUGACUGAAGCUGAGUUCCUCAGAAUCAAUCCUUGUAAUAUCAAGACUGAAAAGAGUUGGGGUGUCUGGUCUGGAGAAUUAUAUGGCUAGAGAAAUUAACAGACUACAUUGUGAGGGUUCUGUUCUUGGAUGUAAAAGUAAGACCUUUUGGGGGGGACGAGCACACUUUGUUGUGUUCAGUACUCCACAUUUGCAGCCUCCCCAAAACAAAACAAAGAUUAUCUAGAUAACCUGGACAAAAGUGGUCAAUUACAAUGGACCUAUCUAGAUAGUAGAACAAGCUAGCUAACCUCUUUUCACCACUCUGCCUGGACCAAAAACUUUCUAGAUAAAUUUGAAGACAGAACUUUCAGAUAUAAAACCUUUUGAAGGUUUCUUCCACCCACAGAGGGAAGGUUGGUUGUAUGGUAGAGACUCUGACCUCUUGAAAAAGAAGCAGUCUUUCUUCUUGGAUAAAAGGACAUCUUAAGAUGCAAGAAAGAUAUAUAGACCAAUCCUAUAAACAUCUAUUCAGAAGUUUGUCCCAUUGAAUUUAGUGGGAUGUACUCCUAAAUAAGAAAAUAGGACUGCAGUCUUAGUAUAACAGUUUAUGACUAAUUUCAGUUGCGAGGAUUAAGAGAGCUUCAUUAUUGCUCACUAGCUAAUGUUUUUGUUUACUUGACACUUCAAGCCUGUUCCCAAGAAUAGAAUCUUAAAAUGUGAGCUCUGGAAUGUAAAAUGGCCCUUAGGUUACCAAUUUUACAUUUCCUAAAUAAGAUUAAAGAUAUAUCCAUUUUUUAUGUCAUGUCACUGUUCUGUCAUUGCAUCAGUUUUGAUGUUUUACUGAUAAUCACUUCCUGUUUGAUGGAUUGGAUUUUUUUUUAUGUUGCUCUCCUAUAUUUUGAGGGAAAGCUUCAUAAUAACCCAGUUACUUUUUAAAACAAAUUCUUAAUUAUUUGGAAAUACUUGAAAUUAUUUAGUCAAUCAUUCUUUGGGACACUUAGGUUUAAGGAAUGUUUUCCUCUAGCCUAAUCUCCCCUCUCCCCGGGCUUAUUUAAGAAACAGCAGGAAGCUUUGACUAUAUUUAAAUUUUAAAAGGUAAGCUUCCAUUUCUAUAUCUAUUUUCACUAAUAUAGUACAGUUUGAAACCAAAUCCCAUUCAUAUAAGGACACUCUGCUUUGAGAUAUUUGUUAGCAACCACUUUGCCUCCAGUUCACAUUGUCUGACAGACUCAGUGUUCCAAACACCAUUAACUAUGCAACGAAUGCCUUAUAUACAAUAUAAUCUUUCAGUAUACAGCAAUACAUAUAUUAUACCAAGAAUAUGACUAGUAGCAAUGAGCAAAGCUAUCUCAAUAAUGACAAAAAUUGCUGUCUGAGUGGUUUUUUGUUUUUGUUUUUUGUUUGUUUUCUAAAUGUGAAGGUAGAUCUUGUACAAAGGACUAUAAUUUCUAGCAGUUUCAAAAUGUAUAUUGCCAUUUUUCAGUCCAAUAAACGUUUAAAUAGUUUA